GUAAAAAUUAUAGUGAAGAUGAAAUUCGAUCUUGGAUUAAUAGAGCAUAUGAUCAAAUGAUUGAAGAUAACAGUGAAGAUAUUGAUAUUGAUUCUCCUUUACUUCCUGAAUUUAUUAAUGAAUCAAAUGAAAGAACAGAUAUUGAAUUAGAAUUAGAAAGAAUAAUUUUUAUAGAAAAAGGAGAAAAUUAUAAUCCUGCUUUAUUCGCGGCUGAUUAUUUGAGUGAAA